CCGCAGAGUAAAUAGGUGUAACUCCCGUGGCUCUGUGGGCAGGAGAUGUGCUCCCGGGAGGAGCACUGGGGGCAGACAGGAAAAGCCCCUGCUGCCAUCCUGGAGAGCAGCAUGAGGCACUCAGAGCACGGGGGCUGAAAAACGGGAGGAAGAGAGACAAAGAGAGAGGAACAAAAGUCAAGAAAACCUUCCAGAGAGGAAGAACUCCUCGUGGAUGACAGAGUCCCCAGGACUUGUGAGUAAACACACAGGCAAUGAAAGGAGCGCCUGGAAAGCUCAAGUAGAAAGCUCAGCCUCUUCACGCUGGCUCCACAGAGCGCCGUUAACCGGGAUUAAGAAAGUCAACUAAAGCUUCCCAGCACCGGGAUUCCAGCAGCACGGAGCCUCCCGAGGCAGAGAACCGCGACGGCAAAUCCGGCCGGAUCUCCAGGCAGGCAGCAGCUGCCUCUCCGUGCAGAUGCCGUUUAACCCCGGAUUUAUGUGCAUCCCACUUCUGCAGAGCAGCUGGAAAGCCACCGUGCCUCCCCUUGGCGGACAGUGAGCGAGCCGGGGCUGCUCCGUGCCCGGUGCCAGCCGGGCUGAAGAGGCUCCCUGUCCCCCAGCCCAUGCCGGAGCGGUGGCAGCGGGCUCGCAGUGUGCUCCCAGAGCUGUCUGCACAUCCCUGCUCCGUGCCCGGUGCUGAAGAGGCUCCCUGUCCCCCAGCCCAUGCCGGAGCGGUGGCAGCGGGCUCGCAGCGCGCUCCCAGAGCUGCCCGCACAUCCCGGCUGACCGGCAGAUGAGCCAGCGCAUUUCCCCCAAAGGAGGAGAGCCGGGGGAACCAGGGCCAGGACACGAGGUACCUGUAUCAUUUUUGAUUAAUUAAUAUUUGUGGGUAAAUGCUGUAGAUAUGAGCCAAGAAGAUUUAAAAGAAAGUCGCUGAGCCGUGCAAGUGAAUUAAUUUGUUUCAGACAACAUGCGGCUGGGUUGCAUCCUUUUACAAGCAGGAACAUUCUUUCUUUCCCAUGCCAAAGACUGACUGCGUUUGCUCUCCUGUUUUACUUCUGCUGUGGAAGAAAUUGAAGCAAGAAUAUGUAUAGUGAAUUGCUCAAUUCUACCAGUGCCACUGAAGCUCACCUAAUGAUCCAGACCAACACGCCCUACCUGAGCAGCACUCCGAGACCCGUGAGCUCCUCUGCUCUUUACAUGUCGACAGCCAGGGUGUUAAAAGAAGGGGAAAUAAAUAAGCCAGACCUGGUGACUUACAUCAUUCUAUUUUUCUUUCUGUUCUUGACCGUGACAUUCAUUGUGUUCUUCAUAAACUGCCAGCUGAAAAAUUCUUUUUUUGCUACUCUUCCUUACGACAGAUCGCUCAGGGAGGCGAGGAACCCGUGGAGGACACAAGCUGUCUGACACUUCUCAUUCCAGCAGGAGCAGGCACCACAAACCCUGUGCAAUAAGGAGUGAGUGCCAUGUGCCAAUGCAUGGAUGGGAGCCCCUUUAGAGUAGUGGGCAGGAGGAGAUUGCUCAAAAUUCUGCUGUGUGCCAAUCUGAGUAGCUGUAAAUAAAAAGCUCUGUCAAAACUGAAGAGAAUGCUUUAGCAAAUUGAUCCAGUUUUUGCAAAAAAUUGCCCCGUGAUUCCAGAUUAAGCUGUGUGUGUAUGCAAAUGUCAUCAUCCACCCAUUCAGUGUCCAUACAAGGAUAAUUGUAUUAACAACAAUCUCUGAUUUGGGCAUCUGCUGGAGCUUGUUCCCCCAUGUUUAUGAACCCAAGCAUCAAAUGUAAAAAAACAGUGUAUUUACCUAACAGCUCCACAGAGAUGAGUUUACUUUCCAGACCCAUUUCUCCCAACUGCUGCUGAAACUGCAAGGUGAUUGAUGCUGUGGGAGUCCUGCCAGGCAGGACGAGAAAAUGAAAAAUGUUUAUUUAGGCUUUUGAUUGUCAUUAUUUUAAGGGUGUUUUUGAUGUUUGAAUGCAUCAUUGAUCAAGUCUUAAGGUACUACUUAUAUGAAACACUUACUACCUAAGGAAUUUAUUUUCAUCUUUCAUAAGCUGCAAAGGAAAUUAUUUGCCACAGCAUGAAACCAAAAUAAUCGAGAUGGGGAGAAGUGGGAAAAGAAAAUUAAUAUAUUUAAUAUUAUGCAAACAAAUGAAAA